UAAAAAUUUCAGUUUCGCUUGCGAAAGGACAAUAAAUCGCGUUAAAAAGUUGUUUAAAACUUUAAAUAUUGACUAUUUACUGUUAAUUCCAUAGAAAAACUCCUGAUUUCAUCGAAAACAAUGGAGCUUCAGGAUCUCGGGUUCUGUAAUGUAUGCGGGACUCCCUCGAAAUUGAUCUGUUCUCGCUGUUUCGACUCGUAUUGCAGCAUAAAAUGCCAAGUUACUGAUUGGGAAAGUCAUCGAUUGAUUUGUAUCCCGCUGCCAAAACUCAUCGAGCGUCCUUCGGGAAUCCGUAAAAUCCCGACUCCAAACACAAAUGCGAAGAAUGCAACUUCAAAAGGCUCCGCUAAAGGCUCUGUUAAGGCAUUUUCCGUGCGCGAAAUUAACGAAACCGAACUCGAAAGUGCUCGUGCCUUACAAAAAAUGCAAAAUCUCGCUCGAAUCCCGUCAAAACCAAAAGUUGAAGCGAAUUUGACAGCAUCAAAGUCUUUUGAUAGCACUCCGCUUGGAUUAGUAAGCUCUUUGGUUGCUCUCGGAUUGAAUCAUUUCGUGGCAAAGUUGAGUUGUGUCUUCACCGAGAGCCUUUUUUCGGUAGUUUUGGAGUUUCCCGAGACUUUGGGCAAGAAAUACGAAAAGUUAUUCGCGGAAUUGGAUCAAUUUGCGCCGGAUUUUGAUAAUUCUGAGCUCGAAUGUGAGAAAAUGAUCGCCAUCAAAGCUCGUGACUCAGCGAAAUUUGAACGGGCAAUCGUACUAAAGUUGGAUUUGGACGUAAAUGCGGCAAUUAUUUACUAUUGUGAUGCGGGAAAGUUCGAUUUGUUGUCGCCCAUUCCGUCGGAUGUCAAAGUUUGCCCCGAAAAAUUCACAAAAUUGCCGGGAAAAGCACUUUUGGUUGAAUUUACGUCGCACACAGAUCCGGAUCGUGAGAAAUUUUUGAGAAAUUUCUUCAAAAAGGAGAAUAUUUUGUCGUUUGACAUCCGCAAAAAGACAAACGGGAUCCAUAAUGGCAAAAUUAAUGUCAAUGGAAAGGAUACAGGCGAAGUUUUCAUGUACGAAGCGUUGCCGUCACUCGAUACAUGCAACACUCCCGAAUGGUCCAUUAAACCCGUAUCAGGAACUCUUGUUCGCAUCAUUCGUGUCAAAAUUGAGCAAGAUUUGCGUGUUUGGAUCAUCCCAACGGACAAAAUUGGGCUUUACGAGACACUUUUGCACGACAUCGGGAAGAAAUUACCGCUUUGCAAGUCAAUUCCCGAGAAAAAUUCGAUGGUAGUUCAUGUUCAAGGCCCGCGUGGAGGUCGUUUACUUGUCACAAAACACUUGGGAAGUGACAUGGUUGAGAUUUUUGACGUCGAUAACGGUCGCAUUUACAAAUGCGAAUGGAAUCAAUUGAAAAUCGCGAAUGAUUUUAUCCGAAAUUUGCCCGUUUAUGGCAUGAUGGCGAAAUUACAAGACGUCACAGAUCUCGGGCGUUACAUGAAAGAGGAACUUUUGGAGUUUUUGGACUCGUUCGAGUAUCGCAAGAAGGAUUUCGUGUUGCAAUUCGACGGAUUUCCAAGUCUUGGCGUCAAAUUACUUUGGCAAAACGAGUCUUUGGGACAAAUUAUGGAAAAUCAUUUCAAGAAAGAGAAGGAAAUCAUCGAAGAACGCACUCGCAAACAGAAGGAACGUGAAGCAGAAGACGCGGAAAAGCAGAAAAAAGCUCUUCAACAAGCAGAGGAAGCUGAACGUGCCAAGAAAAAAGUCGAGGAGGAACGUUUAAAGGCGCUUGAAGAGGUUCAACGUUUGAAAAAACUCAAAGAAGCGGAAAUCGAACGUAAAAAAGCAGCUGAAGCAGAAGCAGAACGUGCCAAAAAAGCUCAAGAGGAAGAAAUUGCUGCUGCUGAAAAGGCAAAACAAGCUGAAAUUGAAGCUGAACGCUUGAAAAAAGCUGAAGAAGCCUCCAAACAAAAAGCUCUCGAAGAGGAACGUCUCAAAAACGAAGCAAACAAGGAAGAAAAACCAAAAAUGUCCCUAAAAGACAUCCUUGCAAAGCGUAAAACUGCUUCCCCGAAAAUUUUUUAUGCUGAUUUGAAAGCAAUUCCUCUCGAAAUCGGCAAAAUUACAAAAUUCAUCGUCACUGACCCCGCUAAAGAUGGUUUUAUCGGCGUUUGUCCCGACACAACUGCCAACAAUCAAUAUUUGCAGGACAUUUUAACGUUAGUUGAGGAAUAUGUCGCUUCUGUUUCUGUUCCUGAUCUUAUUGGAUAUCGUCCUGAAGUAAAUGAAAUGUGUUUGACUCAAUUUUCCGAUGGCGGAUGGUAUCGCGCAAAAUGUUUGACCUCAUCCGAUCCAAAAAUGUUGCUCCAAUUGGUCGAUUUUGGCGCCUUGUACAACGUAGAUCCGUCAAAAGUGUUGCCAUUCCCGGAAAAAUUGAUGAAACCGGAGCCACGUACGCAUCUCGUGAAUAUCGCCGAUACGGAAGACAAGAAAUCGAGCGAUCUCGAAGUUUAUGGGCAAUACCGUUUCAAAGUAGAAGCGUGCGAAGAUGACAUUUAUGUCUUAACUUUUGUCUAAUUUACAUUUUUUUACGGAUUUUUUGCUUUUGACACUCAGAAUUUAUCAAUAAAUUUAUUAAUUAAUUA